AGCGUACUAAGCUUUGGCAACGUUACCUUCUCGUUAUCCCCGUCUUAUUAUUAUUAGAGGAACACACAAGUUCAGGGUGGGCCGAAAAAGAUAUUCAGACCGGUCGUCCACCACCUUCGUCGUCGUUGAAAUAACUUUUUUCUUGAAUCAGUUUUUUCCUUUUUUUCUGUUGAUUUUUUUCCUUUUCCAGCGGAGGCCGGAACCCCAACAUUUUUUGUUGUUGCGCGGCAUCUUGUGGCUUUUACGCCUUCCCAUUGUGCCAGGAAGAAAAAGUUUUGCCGGGCAUUCCAAACGACCGAAAAUCUUGUCCAAGCCAAACACACCAUCUUCUACAAACAAGGAUCCUCUAUACUCUCCGGGGCUCCUAAUAACUUUAUCUUUGAUAUUUUAACGUCAAGUGAAACACAAAGACAAAAUGGUCAGAAAUUUAAUUUUUCUCUAAAAAGAAAAGUAGAGAAAGAAAUGGGGGCCGUCCAUAUUUAGGCUCUCUUGUGUAGGGACCGGGGCCGUCGAACAAACUCGCCCAGGUUUAAUUUUAGACGAACAAACUUGGCAUCAUCGAGGCACCGCCCCGUUUUUCUUCUUCUCUGUGUGUCUGCCUGUGGGUGUAUGUACCUUCUCUCCUUACCGCCCACUGUCUCUCGUCACUACACAAUGUGCGGCUCCUGUGCGAAUCAGUAAUUAUUUUUAAAAUCCACAAGCAUUUAGAGUCGUGGCUGAUAUUUUUGUUCCCCCGAUGGAGAAUGUUGAAGGUGGAAUUUUUUCACUGGAAAGAAAUGGCGACCGUUUGAAAUUAGCCGAGGGACACAGUUUUCAGGGUGGAUCCUUUUCCUGGGAGCAGACACACACACAGAGCAAAGACUUAAUUUAGCCUGGGCGAACGAGAUUCAAAAGUUCUUUGGAAACAUUCGCCGCCGUCGUUUUUGAACGAUUGGUGAAGACCUGGACCAGCCGGAGAAAUGGGUGCCUUACCUCAGUGUCAUGCAGCGUCUUGCCCGUCUGAAUUCAUCGGCCGUGGCCCUGGCCAUCAGCCAAAACGCCAAACUGGAAAAUGAGAUGGUGGAACACUUGAGCGAUCACUUGAGCGAGUUUGUCGCGCUGCACGUCGUCGCUCUGCUGGAUCCAAUCGUCAGGAGCGGCGACGCUGAUGGAAUUCUUAUCCGACCCGGCAGACGCCCGAUCCUGAUGCUCCAGUUGGCCCGCCUUCUCCAAAACUCUCAAUGCCAACAGUUGGUCUGCUCCACCCUGGGUUUCGCUCUGAUGCUUUGGAUCAAAGAGGAUUUGCAACAGCCGGAGCACAGCCGACAACCCGACGACAAUGGCCGCUCGAAAACUCAACAGCUGUUGUCAACCACGGCCAACGGUUUGAAACGCAUCAUCCUCCGCAGCCAGCCAGAGAUACAGGUGGCCGCUUUACAGGUGCUGGACGCCUUGCUGCUGAAAUGUCGCCAGCUGACGGACGGCCCUCAGAUGAUGACGGUCUUGAUGGAGCAGCAAGAUUUGGCCGAAUUGAUGUACGACGUCCUUUACGCUAACCAUCUGCCGUUAUUGGAGUUCGCUUUGCGCUGUCUGCAUCACUUGUCCCGCUGUCCGCCCUUUUUCCAGCACCGAUGCGUCAUCCUGGGCGUGGAGCCGCUACUGCGAGUCAUUCCUCACCUGGCCGACAGCAACGCCAGCGCCUUGAGUGGCGGACUGAUCGUCGCCUACGCCGUCCACCUCCUCAGCGACAUGCUCUCCAAGUACGACGGAGAAGAGUCGCUGCUGCAGCGGUGCGUCUCGUCGACGGAUGAGUCGAACGGCGGAUUCCACGUGGCCUGUCACAUCGCCAACAUGGUACUCGAUUCGUGCGCUCUUCAUUUGGAAACGGGCGGCGUUUACCUGGUGGCCGCUCUCCUGGACAGGAAAAAUCUGCCCGUGCCGAUUCCGCUGGAUCGUGUCUCUGAAUUGAUCCGAUCCUGCGUCAAAUCGCUGGCUCCUCCCGACAAAAAGUGGAAGAGCGAAACGGGCAGGAUCCAUCUUCAAGGAUUGAUUCGGAUGCUUUCUUCAGCUACCGGAUUGAUUGUCUACUUGACGGACGACCCUCGCGCUCGUUUGAGCUCCUACGCGUCGGCCAACAGCGCCCAACUAGCGUCCUACCAGGAGUCGCUCGAUAAAUUGAUUGAUCUCAUUGUCGCUACGAUCGACGAGCUCAUUACUGCGUUCCAGCAAGUCGACAAAGAAUAUCUUUGGUCCGAUUUAUUUCUUGUGCUGGUCCAAUUAGCGACGGGAUCCGCCACUGGCGCCGGUUACGUCCAGGCGGCAUUGAAAGCCGGUUUCUUGCUGAGUCGAGUCUACAAUGCCCGGAGAGGAUCGAGCCCGGCGUCGGCUGAAAGGGACUCGGCGGAUGAGCUCCUGACUUGGUUUCUGGCUCGCUCGCUCGACGGAAACCAGGAGCAACCGUCCGCUUUGGCUCCUACCACCAGAAUCCGCCACCACCACUACGCCACCCUCCGCGGUUUGGUCCGCUCCAUUCCAUCCGCCCUGGCGGAAUGGUCCGACUGGAUCACCAACGAUAAGAGGUCGCCGUUUGGAGCCAAGUGCUCCGCCCUCGUCUUGCUCUAUCAGCUGGAAUUAUGCGAGACAUCAAAGGAAGCUCCGUUCGCCGGUGAUCACUCGGAGGCCCUCCUGACGGCCGUUGGUGAUUUGAUGCUGACUCAUUCCCCUUGCGACAUGGACGAUCCCGAUCUUCUCCGCUCCGUCUGGUUCCUCAUUGCCAGGUACAGUGAUGGAUUCCACGAAGCCUCAAAAGCUUUUGUCCAUCUGGUGAAAUGGUUCCAGCCCAAUGGCUCGCUUCUGCUGCCGUGGCUCCGUCGCAUUUACACGCCCCAUCUGUCUCUAAUGCGAUGGGCCUUUGCUCUCAAGGAUAUCGCCUCCUACUUGGGAUCCUACAUGAUCCUCCUCUGGAUCGAUGAAGAUGAUGUCGAUGGUAAAAAGGCCACAACUCUGGUCAACUUGUGCCUGGAAAGAUCCGACGAUGUUUUGCUCCUGAGCGUUUUCGAUUUGGCUUUCCACGAAGAUGCCGGCGUCAGCUGCUGUGUGGCUUCCAUUUUGGAGCGAGUAGCCGCCGGAAGCGAGUCGAUGAGAGUGGCCAUUGGCCGGAUGAUCAAGUACAACAUUCCGCGAUUCCUCCGUCUGACAGACGUCACUGAUGACAAUUACUCUCGAUUGAUAGGAUCUUUACGUCUGCUCUGUCGCCUGUCGUCAUCAAGUCGUCAACGCUACGGGCUACCGGUGGCGGAUGCUGUCAUCUCGGACGAUUCGAUUUCUGCUUGGAGGGAUCCCGCCAUCGUCGCCGCCCUCGUCUCGUUCCUGCCCCGCACCAUUCGCUUUGGCCAGCACCAGGUGAAAUUGGGCGCGAUGGAUCUCUGGUCUUGGAGUUGCCGCUACUUGGAGUCGGUGCUACUCUUGUCUGUAACCGAAACGACUCCAUCCCCUUCAUCUCGUGUGCUCUGCCAAAUUGUGAUGGAAAAUCGAAGUUUCAUCGAAUUUGUCGACGAGAUUUAUCGACGGGAUGAGCUUCCAGUCUGGCGAAACGUGGCCCAAUUGGUGGCGGCCAUGGCCGCUUUCCAUCAUCUCCACCGACUAAAGGUCAUUUCGCCCGUUCGUGUUUCCAUGGCCCGUCUCAGCAGAAAGCUGACGGCUGGAUUAGUCGGGAUGGACGGCGAAGCUGCCGAGUCGCUGGAUGUUAUCCUCCAGCUGCUCGACUGGCUAUUACGCGAUGCUACUCCCGACAACGACGAUCCGGUCACUCCCACGACUACCAACCGACGUCUACUUAUCGAUCCUUCACUGGAAGAUGACGACAGAGACCCAGUGAACCAGCAGCCACACCACCGUUAUUGCAGCCAGGAGAGGAAUGGCUUGCUGGAACACUUGUGGUCCACGCUGGUCAACUGGACGAUGCGCAGUGCCGACGGGUCGACGACCAAGAACCGAAUUUUCGCCUGUCUCUCGCAACUGAUGCGCUCCUGUCAGCGAUCACUUCCGCCCGCCCAGUUCGCCUUGCUGGCUGCCCAGCCCUGGAAUUACAUGGUCGUGGUCGACGCCGUCCGCUCUCCGUCGUCGUCCAGCGUGGAAGCCGUCCAGUUGGCCACGGCAUUGAUCCGCCACUCGAAGCAGACACUCAAAUCUUGCGGAGCUCACCCAUGGUCUACCCAACUGGAAGAGACACUGAGUCGACAUCCGCCUUCACAGUAACAAAAGAAAAACAAAAACUUUUCUUUGAGAGUUUCAAAGAAGAUUAAGAGUGUCGUCAUUGUCACGUUUCAUCACUUGUUUCAUUGCUCAUUCCGCCAGUGUUUCCUCGGGAUUUUAUUCUUUUCUUUUCUUUUGUAGCGCUGGAAAAUAUAUAUUAUACACACACAGA